GGCUGUCGGGGGGGAUGCUUUACGGACCUUCAGGUCCUGGAAGGGUAACACAGUUUGAAGAUGGAGGACAGCGGUGGCGCUUCUGCAGCGCAGGUGACUGUAAAUCAAGUGGACCUUGGUCUAUCUCCCUCCAGAACAGAGAACCUGGGAUGUCCCUGUGACUCUUUGGUGGCUUUAGGAAGACAUGUUUUCCAAAACCUUCAAAAUAGGCUGGUGCAGUCCUACCAACAGCAGCCCUUGGACCUUGAUCAUAUUGAGUUCCUCUGCGUGAACGCAUCAACUCUAGUCUGUUCUCUUUCUGCUCAUAUUAAUGUUCCAUCACUGGUAGUUGAAGCUCUUCACCACCUCAUCUGCCUCAUCCAUUCCGAUAUGGAUACAAGAAGGUCUGCCAUUGUUGUUGACAGCUCAGCUGGUGAACGGGGGAGGGCAAAGCUCUAUGUUUCCAAAGACCACCUCAAAGAUCUAAUAAAGAUGGACCUCUCCGUUCCUUGUAUCUCCAAGCUUUUGGGCAUAUCGCAGAAAACAGUCCGACGAAGAAUGGAAGAGUGGGGCCUCUCAAUAACGGCAACCUACAGCUCACUAUCAGAUGAUGAACUUGACAACUUAAUUGCAGCCAUAAAACAGGAAUCGAAAAAUCUGGGCUACAGAAUGGUUAAAGGACGCCUCAGGGCACUGGGCCACAGGGUGCAGUGGAACAGAGUAUGGGAUUCCAUGCGUCGUGUUGACAGUGCUGGAAUCCUUGAAAGGAUGGCAAAUCUUGGAUGUGUUGUUAGAAGGACAUACAGUGUUCCUGGUCCUCUGUCACUGCUCCACAUUGACACCAACCAUAAGUUAAUUAGAUAUGGACUUGUGAUGUUUGGUGGUGUUGAUGGCUUCUCAAGGAAGAUCUUGUACUUGAAAGCAGCUAACAACAACAAGGCUUCUACAGCACUGACGUUCUUCCUUGAGGCUGUACAGGAGCAUGGAUUUCCAUCGAGGUAUAAUGCAAAAACUUGCUGUUCACAUUAGAGCAUAGAGGCUUAAAUCAGUCUCACUUCAAUUUUGAAUACACGUUUGUGCCUGACACACAUGCUUACUGUCUGGAAAUGAUUGAAUUUUCCUAUCAUUUGUAUUCUAUUUGCAGAGAAAUACUACAAUAAUAAUAAUACGUUUUAUAACACCUUAAGUUUACCUUACAAUAGCAACAAUACAAUAUAUUGAAACAUUGUAAAUAAAAUUUAGACAUAAGUUAAAGAAGAAAAAAGCAAGCAUGACAGUAUAAAAAGCUGAGCAAGUUAAAAUGGACUAAUACAGAAU